UGGAGAUUGGGGAAGGCCGGGUGAUUAAAUCCAGUUGCGUUCUUUACCAAACGAGUGUUGUGGGGAGGAUAGUUGUUCCAAGUAAAUUGGGAGAUUCGACUAGCAACCAUGUGGAGCAAUGAACAUUCACUCAACAACAACACUGGCGGAUCAGUCACACAUAUUAAAGGAAACUCAGGAAGCUGAUAAUCUGACAAAAGGCCCUUUCCUUGUCCAGCACCCCUCGAGAGAAUGCAGGAGCGUGUGUAGCACAUUCCCGCACGGUGCAACUAAGUCCAACCGCUCCCCCUUCCGGUGGAUUGCUGUCCGGCAGGUAGCCAGGUAUGAAGGUACAUGGGUAUUUGAUGGAUGUUUCGACCGAUGCGAGCACGGGUUGGGCUGUGCCGUAUCAACCACGUCUGUUGUUUGUUGUUUCAAGUCCCAUCCAGACAACGAGUUUCCUCUGUCAAUCCGCAAACAAACGGCGCAAGUAGUGCUGACGGCGAAGCGCCUUCAGGUCAUGGCCAUCGAACAAAGUUCCUGCACCUCGUGCAGCUCUCGCCCUCAGCAUGAGCUGCGCGUACUUCGAACUCUGAUGCUGAGAUCGAUUGCAAUGGCUUCGCAAAGGCUGCGUGCUACAUGCAUUGAGAGUGAGAGCCGGCUGAUUAGUUCUCUGGGUGAUUGCCGUGGCGGCAGUCCGCGGUUGGCAUGAGCGAGCAGGGCGUCCCCCUCCUGUAAGAAAGUAUGGAAGUACCAAGCUUUUCGCUAACUCGUACUCUGUAAAGCCCUGGGAAACCCCUGAUCCCCAAGCGUUGUUGAUGAACAUCAUCCUGGGGAUGCCUGUUGCAGAUAGACGCUUGGGGCACAAGAUCUCCACCCGACAUUAUUUUCCCUAAAUUGCGACCUCACAAGCCGCUGUAUCCAAAUCUGGCGCCCAG